ACUUGAACAUCUUUCGCUGCCUCUUGUCGGACCUGAAUUGUUACUCAUGCACUCGGCAGACUGGCCUUUAUCAUUUUAAAGAACAACGAGUAGUGAAACGCGUCCAGUGGCGAUAAAUGGCACAGAGUUAUCUGUGAUUGCUGAAGAGUCCAAUAUGGGAAAUGAUGACAUAGACUACAACAUAGUUUUUCCAGAGGUAUUGAUUUCAGAGAGGCACUGGCGUGGAUUAAAGCAACCAGUUGUGAUACUGCUGGGAUGGGCUGGUUGCAGAGAUAAACACCUCGUUAAAUACAGCUCGAUUUACACAAAACAGGGAUGUAUAACUCUCCGCUAUACAGCCCCUUUGAAGACAGUUUUCAUCUCGGAGUCAUUUGGUUACAAGGAACUGAGGCAUACUGCUUUAAAGCUGCUAGAGACACUGUAUGAUUAUGAUGUGGAGAACAACCCCAUCUUCUUCCACGUGUUUAGUAAUGGGGGGUUCAUGCUGUAUAGGUACAUGGUGGAGUACUUACAGAGGGAACAGCAGUUCAGCACUCUCUGUGUACUCGGGACGGUGGUAGACAGUGCCCCUGGGAGUGGCAAUGUGACGGGGGCACUGCGGGCACUCAGAACCACCCUGGGAUCCCACAUUAACGUGUUUCUGCGCUACCUUCUCAUGGCCCUCUUUGCCAUGACGGUUUUCCUCCUUAGGAUUGUCCUGUACCCCGUGACCAAGUUCUUCCACAAGGACCACUAUGAUGCCAUGAUGGACCGGCCGGCUCCUUGGCCUCAGCUCUACCUGUACUCUCGUGCCGACCGGGUGAUCCGGCACACGGAUGUGGAGCGGAUGGUCGGGGUGCUCCGGGGGAAGCAGCUGUCUAUCCAGAGUUUCGACUUUGCCACCUCGGCCCAUGUGAGCCUGUUCCGUGACUUCCCCGAGGAUUAUUGUAGCCGAUGCCUUGAUUUCCUUAACAGCUGCAUGACUAAGUCCGAACAGACCAAAUUAAAAACGCGCCAUGUUAUAUAGCACUGAAAAAAAGAUUGUUGAUCUUCAAAAUGAAUGGAAACUGUGUGUUCUGAACUACUGUAUUAACCAUUUGUUAAUGUUUCUAUCAAUAUCUUGUACUACUGUUCUAUGAAUUUUGUAUGACUUUCAGCGCACUUUAAGAUUUGACUAAUGAUAAUUUUUGUGAAAUUGAAAUGUAAUUUUUGCUUAUUUCAGUUGCUUUCUGCUGUUAUAUUGUGAAACUGUGAAUAAAAAAAAUGACAGUUAAUAUUUAUUAAGAUUUUGAAAGAAUGUGUGUACUGGACUAAUGUGCCUUCUAGAAAUUAAAAGCCUUUUUGUUCCUUAACAAGUGCAUUUGGACAUUUAGUUACAGGGAAAUACAGGGUCAGGUCCUAUACAAAUGCCUCGGUUAAUGUGGUGUUAGGUCUCAUCACAAGUAUGGAUGCUAAAACGACAUGAGUGUGCAAGGACAAGUAUGGAAAGGUAUGUGAAGCCACUGAAGUGCAUUCUUUGCCAGCAUUGCUACUUGAUUGCUACUGGUUAUUGAAGGACCGUGGCGUGUGUGAACACCGUACUGACGUAUUGUACAUUUCAGACGUAAGCCAUAUUCACUCGAUGUUCUUACCCAAUAUGCUCUUAUCUAUAAAUGAUAAUACACAUUAACUAAACUU